AUGGCAGACUCAGAGCCCGUUCAGUUCUUUGACAUCAUCUCCACACUUCCCGGAGCACAGAAGUCGUGGUCACCUAAUACCCUCAAGGUCCGCGCGGUCUUAAACUUCAAGGGUAUCCCAUACACGCAAAGUUGGAUCUCGUAUCCCGAUAUUGCCCCGUUGACCAAGGGCCUCGCGCUCGGUCCCAAUGAGACGGGUAUUCCGUAUACCUUGCCCAUGAUCAUCCACACGUCGUCAGUGAGGUCGAACCCCCACGGUGCGAUGAUGGAUUCGCAGCCAAUUAUCAUGCACCUGGACAAGACCUUCCCUUCGCGACCGCUCUUUCCCAGUGGUGACGCUAGUUAUGCACUGUACAUUGCCGUGGGCAAGAUCGCGAGCUGCAUGGGUCCGGCCAUUCGCUCUCUGAUCGUUCCAAGAGUGGCAGACUUGAUGGAUCCGCGAGGCAAGGAGUAUUUCAUUGAGACCCGGUCAAAGUUCUUUGGAAAACCACUCUCCGAGGUCAGACCGACCGAUCAAGAGACCAUCGAUGAGUUGUGGAAGCAGUUGGAGACUGAGGCAGCGGUGCUCGUCAAUAUGCUGAAAGGCCAGGAAGGCAAGAAGGGGCCGUUCUUUGAGGGCGAGACUCCGGGUUAUGCAGACCUGUUCUUGGCCUGCAACUUUGCCUUCUUCGAGCGCAUUGACCAGGAAUCCUUUGAGCGGCUGAUGGCGAUUGGUGAUGGCGAAUUCAAAGCCCUGUGGGAGGCUUGUGAGCCCUGGCUGAACGGUCAGGGCGAGGAGAAGGAGUGGACAGUCCCUCAGACUGUCGCUUAG